AUGGGUUUCCAUUCAAGGUGGCCAUUGGUGGGACCUGCACCAGCGGCUCUGUGUCUGUGUGUGAUCAGCAUGCUCCUAGUGUGCCAGCUGCCUCCUGCAUCGUGCACAACCUGCCCUCAAAAAUGCCGCUGUGAGGACCUGCAGUUCUACUGCGACACCCAGGGGCUUCAGGCGCCCCCAGAUGGUGUGGACAAGGGGGCCCUGGGGUUGUCACUACGUCACAACAGCAUCACUGAGCUCAGCCCUGAUCAGUUCUAUGGAUUCGGCCAGCUGACCUGGCUACACCUUGACCACAACCAGAUUACCACUGUACAAGAGGAUGCCUUUCAAGGGCUCUACAAGCUGAAGGACCUCAAUCUGAGCUCUAAUCGUAUCACCAAGUUGCCCAACACAACCUUCAUCCACCUCAUCAACCUCCAGAUACUGGACCUGUCCUUCAAUCAGAUGACUGCAUUGGAACCCGAACUAUUUCAUGGACUGAGGAAGCUCCAGAUACUCCACCUUCGUUCAAAUUUACUUCGCACCACACCUGUUCGAGCAUUCUGGGACUGCCGCAGCCUGGAAUAUCUGGGCCUGAGCAGCAACCGUCUAAGGAGUCUGGCACGGAAUGGAUUUGCUGGGCUCAUUAAGCUUAAAGAGCUCCACUUGGAGCACAAUCAGCUGACCAAGAUCAACUUGGCCCAUUUCCCUCGCCUUGUUGCUCUGCAGUUUCUAUAUCUGCAAUGGAAUAAAAUCAGCAACCUAACAUGUGGCAUGGAGUGGAGCUGGACCACUUUAGAGAAGCUCGACCUUACAGGAAACGAAAUUCGUGUGCUCACACCUGAUGUGUUUCAAACGCUGCCAAAUUUAAAGAUUUUGCUGUUGGAUAACAACAAACUAAGCAGUCUGGAUCCCCAAGUCAUGGAAAUGUGGCAGUCUCUGGGCACUGUUGGGCUGUCUAGCAACCUGUGGGAAUGUACCAAAAGGAUUUGCUCUCUGGCCACUUGGCUAAGCACCUUUAAGGGAAGGUGGGAACAUUCCAUUCUCUGCCAUAGUCCUGAAUAUGCCCAAGGGGAGGAGAUACUUGAUGCCGUCUAUGGAUUCCAGCUUUGUCAGAAUUUUUCAGCGCCAGUUGUUCAGACAAUCAGUACAACCACAGACGCUACUACAGCUACAGAAAUCACAAGCUCCCUGUUUGGAAUUAUGCAGCUGACCCCCACGCAGGACUAUUCAGAGGAUUUUGGGAGCUUUACCACGGUCACUACCACGACAACCACAACACAAACACCACUCACUGCUCAAGCAACUACUGCUGCAUUGGAAGAGGCAGCAGUAACGGAUGACUUCUCGGCAAUGGACAACACUGUUAUGACUCAUAGGGUUAUAAUUGGAACUAUGGCCCUUCUAUUUUCAUUCUUUUUCAUCAUUUUUGUUGUGUAUAUCUCACGGAAGUGCUGCCCUCCCACCCUGCGCCGGAUACGCCACUGUUCGGCCAUACAGAACCGCAGACAGAUGAGGACCCAGCAGCGGCAGCCUAUGGCAGAUCUAGCAACACAGGUACCCUAUAAUGAAUAUGAGCCCAGCCACGAAGAAGGGGCACUCGUGAUCAUCAAUGGCUAUGGGCAGUGCAAGUGUCAGCAACUGCCUUACAAAGAGUGUGAAGUAUGA